CUCAGAGCUGCAGACCUUUGCUACUGAAAGAAGAGGAGAAGGGGAGGGGAAGAGAGAUUAUUUUUCAGGAACAAACAGUUGCUUGCAGAGAAGAUGAAAUGUAUUGGCUUCCUUUUCUUCUGUAUGCUGAUGAGCAUAACAGAUGCCCGAUCAGUCCUGGAAGGAGAUGACCGGGAACCUGUGGCCAUGCCAUACUGGCCCUUUUCCUCCAGUGACUUCUGGUCCUAUGUGGAGUACUUCAGGACACUGGGAGCCUACAACAGGAUCGCCGAGCUGGCCAGGGCCUUGUUUGCACAGCUGCCUGCGGGCAGCCAUCUUGGCCUCCACCGGCCUGUGCGUGAGGAGUGAGCACUGCCCGCCAUGGUGCUGGGACAGCGCGCCCACACGCGGCUGCUGGUGAGCGGCCUCUUCAGCUGCUUGUGGCCCUGCAAAUGGGCCUGUGUAGUGUUACGUGCUUUAGGAAGCCGCAGGUAAAUUAGCCUUUUAUUUUUGCAAGCUGUGCUUUUGUGCAAAAUCAAUAAACUCCUUGGUC